AUGGAAACUGUUGAAACACUUCACAUGAACAAAGGAGCUGGCGAAACUAGCUAUGCCAUGAACUCUUUCAUCCAGAGGAAGAUAAUAUCACUGACAAAAGAAGCAACAGAGAAAGCUAUUAUGGAAAUUCUAAGCUCAAGAAGAUCACCAAUAAUGAAAAUGGGAAUUGCUGAUUUAGGUUGUUCAUCAGGACCUAAUGCCUUAAGGGUGAUGUUGGAAAUAGUUGAAGCUAUAAAUGCAGCUUCAAACAUGUUGGAUCGAGCAGCACCAAAAGAAUUAAUGUUAUAUAUGAAUGACCUUUUCACCAAUGACUUCAAUAAUGUGUUUGCUUCUUUGCCAUCUUUUCACACAAGAAUAAACCAGGGAAAGGGAAAUGAUAGUAAAAAUAAUGGAUACUGUUUUGUUUCUGCUGUACCGGGAACUUUCUAUGGUAGACUUUUUCCAGCUAAGUCAAUUCACUUUGUUCAUUCUUCUUCAAGCAUUCAUUGGCUUUCUCGGGUUCCUGGUGGUUUGGAGGACAAAAAUGGAAGAGGAUUGAAUAAAGGAAACAUAUGCAUAUCAAAGAACAGUCCCAAUUGUGUGUUAGAAGCUUAUUCACAACAAUUCAAAAAUGAUUUUUCAUGUUUGCUUAAAUCACGUUCUCAAGAGAUGGUAUAUAAUGGACGCAUGGUCCUUUCUUUUUUGGGUAGGCAAUCUAUGGACCAUACAUCAUCCAAUUGUUAUUAUCAAUGGGAACUCUUAGCACAUGCUCUUAUGAUCAUGGUUUCAGAGGGUCUUGUUGAAGAAGAAAAAGUGGAUUCUUUCAACACUCCUUACUAUGCAUCUUGUUAUGAAGAACUAAAAAUAGAGAUUGAAAAAGAAGGGUCAUUCAUGGUGGACUCUCAUGAAGCUUAUGAAGUUGAUUGGGAUGAUGGGAUGUAUUUGCAAAGUGAUCAUGACUUAUUAGGAACAAUGUCAAAAGGAGAACGUUUUUCCAGAACCAUGAGGGCUGGAGUUGAGUCAAUACUAAAAUAUCAUUUUGGGAAUCAUAUAAUGGAUGAUUUGUUUCAAAGGUAUACUACACUUGUGGAGGAUCACUUGUCCAAAACUAGGGCCAAAUUUUUCAAUUUCAUAAUUUCUCUUGUCAAACUACACUGA